UUUAAAAAACUAUGUAAGUGUGGGGUGAAGAGGGUGUGUAUUGUUGAAAGUGGGUUGUGUAGUAUGCACCAUUGUCUAUCUGUGAAUGAAUAGAAAAAAGAAAUGCACCUCUGCAGUUCGUGAUUUUUGGUCGUUCGCGAGUUGAAUCAUCAAAUGUAAACAUACAUGUUAAGGAAAAACUGGUAUGCAACCAUCACCCGCACUCACUGAUAACGGUGUAAAGAAUACCCUUAACGCUAAUCGGCUAAUGCACUGCAAGAAAUGCCAUGUUAGGUAAUGCAUCAACACCUUUUUUACGAUCAUGAUGAACUUCCAAUAAUCAGAUCAAUAAGCAAGUGUUUUCAAUUUUAUGUUUCGAAGAUUUGAUGAAGUGUGUGUUUUGUACUUUGGUUUUGUAAUAAACUUCAGUUAUUGUAGUUUGUAGUACACGAAAGGUUUGAUACCGAUGUGGUUUUGUUCGAGUAUUUGGUCCUAAUUCGUCAUCAGCUCAUAAGAUUCGAAUUUUUCAACCCUUGCAGACCUCAUACCAAAAGUAUUAAUCUAGGAAUACUUUUGAAAUAGUGAUUCCUUCAUCACUUAUUAACGAAGCCUAAUCUCGGACUUGAUGAAAAUGGAAACUGACGUCAAACCUUCAUCUAACACUAGCUGCACCGAACACGCAACACAUCCAAAUCUCAACGAGAACUCCAGCCAAACGUGGAAGAACUUCACAGUCAAGAUGAACGAAUCGAUCGAUCACAGAAAUAUCCGCAUAAACUGUUCGAAGUUGUUGAAAAAAUUCUCGCAGACCAGUAUUCUCGGCGAUAUUUGUUUCAAUAUCCGAGGCAAAAAAUAUCUAUUUGAUCGUGUAAUCCUCGCACUGAGAUCGAAAUAUUUGAGAUUUUUUUUUGAAAUUCAUGCACCUCAAGGUAAAGAUGAACAGUUGAUCGGACAACGUUUAAGCGAGCAUUUGAAAGGUGGGAAUCGCCUUAUUGAUACCUUCUUCGGAAUUGUGUAUGGAAAGGCCGAUUUAAAUUCUACAAUCAAUGUAAAUAAUUACCUGAUCCUGUUUCACAACGUGUUCCAAAUGGAAAUGGAAAUUGAUCUGAGAAUCAUUAAAAACCUCAUCGAAAAGACCGCAGCGAACGUGGAAUCUUACCAUGAUAUUAUUUAUUUGCAGAAUUACUUAUCCGCUUUUGAUAAUCAUCACAAUUAUUUAUUACCUACCGUUGCCAAAUUUUUGUCCGAUCAUUUGCAUAUUUAUCGAGAAGUAUGUACAAAAAUUGUACUGGAGAAAGAAUUAUUCAUUUUGAUUUUGUUACAUAAAACGAAUAGUUUGCAAGAAAAAUACACGAUCGGUCGGAUUUGCGCUGAGUGGAUUUGUCAAGAUUUCAAAACAAGAAUAAUACACCUGAAAGAUUUGGUGAACGCGGUCAAAUAUCGGUUCGAUCUUCUGCCAUAUUGUGAUUUGAAUCCAGAUUUAAUGAUGAGAUCGUUGGAAAAAAUUAGUGCUCCAAAUGUACCUGGAAUACCUGAAGUGACAAAAUAUUUCAACGAAUUGCUUUCUUACGACGGAAAAGUCAGCUACGAGCUCCCGUCCAAUUUGAAAAUUGAAUUGUGCAAAGUGGAUUCGCAAGAACACAUCUGCAAUCCUAUUGAUGAAACGGCUGCAUGGAAGACAUUUCUGAAAGAUGAAUUCUUAUGCGAUGUUGCGAUUAAUGUUCAAGGGACGAUUUUCAAAUUGCAUCGUAUCAAGUUAUUAUCAGCAUCUCGAUAUUUUUACAACCUGUUCAUACCAAUUGGAAUACAUACCCAGCGAAUUUCUACUAUGAGACCUCAGAAAGCUCCAAUGCAAGAAUACUCUAUCGAUCAGAUUGAUCCAGUAACCUUCAAAACUAUAAUCCGAUACAUUUACUACGAAGAUGUCGAGAUUACUUCCCUCACUCAACUGAUGAGUUUGUACAAGGGUAGUAAAUUCCUACAAUUGGACCAGCUCUUUGAAACCUGUGCUUCAAAAAUGUCGGAAAUGGCUCGCAAUUCCCCUGUUUACCUCUUCGAAAUAUUUCUGUUCGUUUGUGAGAUGAAUGACAAGUAUUCGGAUAUGUACAACAAGCUAGUCAAGCAGAUAAUUAACUCAUGGCUGAAACUUGGCGAACACCCGCAGUUCAAGGAUGUCUCUUUACUCGUUUUGCAAGAAAUAAUCAAGCUGCCGGAAUUAAAAAUCGACCAUCCCGAUCAAAUUCUCGAUCUAUGUUCGAAAUGGAUUUACCACGACGUAAAAAAUCGAUACGAGUUUAUUAUCGAGAUAGCCAAAACUAUAAAUCGAAAUCUUAUGACAGAUAUUGAGCCAUCUUUGGAAACUCCUUCGAAUUCGGACAAUUAUUCUCAACAAUACAUCAAAAACCAGUUGAUUAGAAUUCUAUCUUCUGCCACGCUUAUUCCUUCAGUUGUCGACUGCAGUUUGAAUAAUGAAGACGAGAAACCUAGGUUUAUUUUGAAAUGCUCGAAAAAAGUGAAAAACGAACCUGGAGAACGUGAAUUGCAAACGGUUAGCGAAUGUCAUUCCAACGUCGAAUUACUCAACGAUGAAGCUCACUUUUUGACCGUCGUAGAUAUGAAUUUCAACAAAAUUGUGCAAUUAGCUCAGGUAGGAAUUAACGCACAGUGGCAAAGUUCAGCAACUAUGAUCGACUCCCGAUUAUUUAUUCUAUUCAAUAUCAACGACCAGUUUCAUUUUCAAGUGUAUCAUUUUCCUACAAACACGAUGAUUUCUCUGGCCACUAAUGUGAAAAUGAAUUCACGUUUCAAGUACACGAUUCUCAACUGCAACGGUGAAGUAUAUUUUUGCACAGAUGAAAUUUUGCUCAAAUAUUGCGUCGAACUGAACCGAUGGAUUACUUUUUUGAAUGGUACAAGAACUGAAAAUUCGUUGUAUACGAGUGAUGGGAACAAACUCUACAAGACGUUUGUCGAACGAGAGCUAAACAGCAAUAAUUACGUCAACAAGUCCAGUUUCUUUGAUUUCACCCUGAAGACGUGGACUUCAAUGCCCGACAUUCCUAUUUCAGUAAAGGUAACUCGAGACGCCGAAGGUUCGCUGAAAUUUUGCAACAUUCCCUCACAAGUAAACGUCAUUAAUCAAGAUCUGAGCGUUCUAUUCGAAUCGCAAACUUUAGUGUUCCAUAAUGUAUCCCAAAAGUGGAGCAACAUAGAAAAUUCGUGCAAAAGUAUGGUACAAUUUACCAAUCAUGGACGUGACAUUUUAUACCUAUCGAGAGAAAACGAAGUUCAUUUGUUUUCUCCUACUCUCAACGAAUGGUCGGUGGUUCAAAAAUUGCCGGCAGAUGUAGAUCGUAUUGUUGCCAUUCAUGUCAUAAUGAAUAGAUAUUUAGACUAAUAUCGCGUUGUUUGUUUUUUUUUCUCUCAUAAAAACUGUCUUUAUUUUUAGCUUAAGUUGUGAAUUAGUUUACUGUAUUGCGUGUGUUUUAAGAAGUAGGUACCUAGGUACUUGAGUUAUUCAUAAUAUUUAUAGUUUUUUGGUGUGAAUGCCUGUUAGCCUAUGUUUUUCAUUAGAUUAGUCAUUGUAUUUGUUCUUAAAGGUAUUAGAUAUCAAUCGAAAAUAGAAUUGAUAAAAAAUAAAGUUUCAGUUGGAUUCUA